AUGGCAUUUCUAGAACAUAUUUUUAGAUAUACGCGCAGAUUAAUUGAAGAUUUUACAUUACCAUAUUUUUUAAUGAUGAAUGAAAAAAUAAUUAAACAUAUUAAUAUUGAAAUAAAGGGAUCUAUUAAAUGUCCUGAUAGUAAUGAUGGUUAUAACAUACAACUUGGCUCAAUUAAAGAAUCAUUGGAUUCCAGAUUGGUACUAUUUCCAACUGAAUUUGAAAUUGGGAAUAUAAUGGAAAAGAUAAUUCGAGAUUGUUUUAACAGUAUAUAUUUUGAUAGUGAAAACUCAAAUAAUUCUGAAGAAACAGAUUUAAUUCAUAAUAAUACUGAAUCAGUAGUUGAGAAAUUACUUCUUUUGCAUCAGAAAAGACUUAAAAUUCAUUAUUCAUUUUUUGACUUAAUUAAUCAUUGGACACGUUUAAAACCCUUGGAUUUUAUUAAAGUUAUGAAAGAAAUAGCACAAUAUAGAGAUGGAUCUCCUAAUUUAGAAGCAGCUUUGCGAAUUAAAAGAAUAAAUGCUGCAGAAAAAUCCACUUCCUGA